GCCGAGAGCGACAUUUCCAGCGGUCCCUCCAGGGGCAGAAGGGAGAACACGCACACAGACGAGACCCCACAGGCUGCAGUACUCGGCCCAGCAGGAUUGCCAAACAUGGGGCUGCAGAACAAAGUUACAAACCCCCACAGCGGACUGCCGCAAAUAGUCUGCCGCGACCGGACUGCCAUCAUGUAGCCGCUUUUUUUUUUAGAUGGGAAUUCAGAAGGACGUGCCGUGUGUAGAUGCCGUGCAGGGCACUAGGAAGAGCAGCUCGUAGGUUGUGAGGCGAACUCUCGGUGCGGGGAAAAAGUCGACACAGGACACAGAGAGGUUUAUUUGCGCUCCUGGUCCCGUUCACGCCGUUUGCAGCGUCUGCCACUCCGGCCAAACAUGGCACGGCUACGGAGGAAAGCGUGCAUAGCGCUUUUCCUCUUUACGCUGUUCGUCUUUGGGACCAUGAUGGGGCUGAGGACCCUGAAGCCCAGCGAAGGUUUCUCGGAUCUGGCCCCGGGCUUGGAGCUGCUGCCGAUGAUAGGGGGGAAGAUGGACCGGCGCUCCGCGCCCCGCGAUGCCACCGCGUCCCCGGGUCAAGCCCGCCCGGCUGGCAGCAACACCAAAGCAGUUUUGUCCAACUCCGGCCCCGAGGGGACCAUAUUUUAUGAUGUUCAUAUUUUUUACUACAUCUGGUAUGGCAGCCCACAUAUGGACGGCAAGUACAUUCACUGGGACCACAUCCUGGUGCCGCACUGGGACCCCAAAAUCGCAUCCAGCUACCCGAGAGGGAGACACAUGCCGCCUGAAGACAUCGGCUCCAGUUUCUACCCCGAACUCAAUCCGUACAGCUCCAGGGACCCGGACGUGUUGGAGUCCCACAUGGAGCAGAUCGGAGCAGCUGCAGCAGGGGUUCUGGUCCUGUCCUGGUACCCUCCCGGCCUGGCUGACGACAACGGGGAACCCGCUGAGGAUUUGGUACCAGCUGUACUGGAUGCUGCAUAUAGACACAACCUCAAGGUUGCAUUUCACAUCCAACCAUACAGAGGACGGAACGACCAGAGCGUGCAUGACAACAUCAAGUAUAUCAUUGACAGGUACGGCGACCAUGGAGCCUUCUACAAGUUCUUCUCCGGCACAGGGAAAAGUCUUCCCCUGUUUUACAUCUACGACUCCUACCUAACUCCUCCGGAGUCCUGGUCCGAAUUUCUGACCCCCACCGGCUCCCACAGCGUCCGCGGCUCAGCUUACGACUCCAUCUUCAUCGCCCUGAUUGUGGAGGAGCGCCACAAGCACGACAUCCUAGCAGGAGGCUUCGAUGGCAUGUACACUUAUUUUGCCUCCAACGGCUUCUCCUUCGGCUCCUCUCACCAGAACUGGAAGGCCAUCAAAGCUUUCUGCGACGGCAACAAUCUCCUCUUCAUCCCCAGCGUGGGACCUGGUUACAUCGACACCAGCAUCCGGCCGUGGAACAACCACAACACGCGCAACCGAGUGAACGGUCGUUACUACGAGACGGCCCUGCAGGCGGCGCUCAACGUGAGGCCGGAGAUCAUCACUGUCACGUCUUUUAAUGAAUGGCACGAGGGGACGCAGAUCGAGAGAGCGGUGCCUAAAAAAACAGUGACCCGUGUGUACUUGGACUAUCACCCACAUGGACCCGAUCACUACCUGGAGCUGACCCGCCGCUGGGCGGAGCAGUUCAACAAAGAGAAGGAGCAGUGGCUCAUGUGAGCUUUCAUCAAACUAACUUGACACAGCAUGCUCUAGUGGAUGUGUGUGUGCACACGAACGAGAACAAAGGAGACGGGAGUGAAUGUAGAGAUUGAUCAGUGUAGAUGCGAUUGCAUAAGGACAUGUUUUACCUUUUUAAAUAAACAGGAUGUGGGAGUUCCUGUAAGUGUGAGUGCAAAUUUGUGCACACAUGCCAAUUUGCAAGACCAGGACUGUUUUCAUUGAGUUUUCGGGCAAAGCAGCAGUAAAGGGUCAGUCUUGGGAAUUUGCUCCAAC